AUGGGUUGCGUAUCUUCUAAACACAUCAAGAAAGAUCUCAAGAAAGAGAUGCUGUUAAAUGGCGGUGGAGAUUUCACCCACCACGUUGUUUCCCUCACUUCUUCAACCUACGGUGCUCUCAAACUCGACAAAGAUCAGCAACCGCCACCGCCGGCGGCACCGGUUACUCCCACCAAACAGAAGAACUCGCCGCCGCGAAGGUCCAACCAAGGGCCGCCGGAGAUCAUCAAUGCUUGGGAGCUAAUGGAGGAUCUUGAAGAUGAACCACAAGCACCCAUUUCGAUUCCAGCGAAGAAAAGCCCCAAAUUGAGACGUGGGUUUGCGGAAAUCGAUGUGAAAACUCCGAUGAAGUUCUUGAAUCAGUUGGGUUCUUCUCCGAAGGUGUCCAAGAGGUUUUCCGGCAAAGAAAAUAAGAAAGCUUCGACUUUACCCCCAAAUCUUCGGAUUUCGAAGAGGGGUGGCUCGGAAUCGCCGGUGGAAUCGGGUUUGAACUCGGCUCGAAGGCGGAAUCUUGGGCCGUUGUUUGAUCCAGAUCUUAUCGAUCCAAUCGGAAGAAAGAAGUUUCAAGAGAAAGAACAGAUCAAGAAGAUGAUUUCAGCAACACCCACAAUCCAAAAAUCAAGAAACUCGAUCGAAUCAAAGUCCAUUCUCGAAACUUUCGAGAACAAAUUCCCUUCGGGUGGUGAAAAUGCGGUGGUGAUUUACACCACCACAUUGCGGGGAAUCCGGAAAACUUUCGAGGACUGUAACACAGUCCGUGGAAUCAUCGAAUCACACAACGUUCGUAUGAUCGAACGGGAUGUGUCGAUGGAUUCGGGGUUCAAAGAAGAAGUAAGGGCGUUAUUGGGAAAGAAACAAGUGACGGUUCCGAUCGUGCUCGUGAAAGGGCGAUUGAUCGGUGGAUCGAACGAGAUAAUGAAGUUAGAGGAGGAGGGUAAAUUGGGUAUUUUACUAGACGGGAUUCCGACGGUGGCGGCGACGGGGUGCAAGGGAUGCGGUGGUGUACGCUUCGUGAUGUGUACGGUGUGCAAUGGGAGUUGUAAACUGAUCGGGGGCGAUGGGCGGAGGAGCAUCAAAUGUGUAGAUUGCAAUGAGAAUGGGUUGGUUCAAUGCCCCAUUUGUUGUUAAAUUACUAAUUUGGACACGAGGUUAGUACAAAGUCAUAUGUAUUCU